UUACCGAGAGGGAGCGGCAGAGAGAAAAUCUCCGUUUUCGCGCGACCCGGAUCAGCAGAAUAUCACGAUGGACGUUUCAUCGCCGGCUCAACGACGCCUCAGGGCCGUUCGCCGCCACCUCGCCGCGGCCGCCGAUGGCUCCGGCUCUGGCUCUCGGCUCGCCGCGAGCCCCACGGCCGGCGAGUUCUUCGUAGAGCAAGGGUAUAGCGUUGUGCUUCCAGAGAAGUUGCAGACCGGAAAGUGGAAUGUAUACCGAUCUGCGAGUGCUCCUUUGAAGCUUGUGAGCAGAUUCCCUGACCAUCCUGAAAUUCGUACAUUGCACGAUAAUUUUGUGCACUCCGUAGAAACCUUUCGAGAUUACAAAUAUUUGGGUACUCGAGUACGGGUAGAUGGAACCGUUGGAGAGUACAAAUGGAUGACAUAUGGAGAGGCAGGCACUGCUCGAGCAGCUUUAGGUUCCGGGCUAUUAUAUCAUGGCAUUCAAAAGGGAUCUUCAAUAGGAUUGUACUUUAUCAACAGACCAGAGUGGCUUAUUACUGAUCAUGCGUGCUCCGCAUACUCUUACGUUUCUGUUCCUCUAUAUGACACUCUAGGACCAGAUGCUGUCAAGUAUAUUGUGAACCAUGCUGCAGUACAAGCCAUAUUUUGUGUUCCCCAAACACUCAAUGUGUUGUUGAGCUUCCUUUCUGAGAUUCCAACCGUGCGGCUUAUAGUGGUGGUUGGAGGCAUAGAUGAGCAAAUUCCAUCACUUCCAUCUACAACUGGAGUAAAAGUCUUAACAUAUUCCAAACUAAUUAGUCAGGGUCAUAGUAGCAUUCAGCCAUUCUGCCCACCGAAACCAGAUGAUGUUGCAACAAUUUGUUACACAAGUGGUACAACUGGAACACCAAAGGGAGCUGUACUGACCCAUGGAAACUUCAUAGCUAAUGUUGCUGGCUCCACUUAUAGUACUAAAUUCUACCCUUCUGAUGUCUACAUAUCAUAUCUUCCGCUCGCACAUAUCUAUGAAAGAGCCAACCAAAUCAUGACAGUUUAUUUCGGAGUUGCUGUUGGAUUCUACCAGGGGGAUAAUCUGAAAUUAAUGGAUGAUAUGGCUGCCCUAAGACCUACCAUAUUUUGCAGCGUACCUCGCUUGUACAAUAGGAUAUAUGCUGGUAUUAUGAGUGCUGUGAAAACUUCUGGUGGACUGAGGGAGAGGCUAUUUAAUGCUGCAUACAAUGCCAAGAAGCAGGCGAUGUUGAAUGGCAGGAACCCAUCUCCCAUGUGGGAUAGAUUGGUUUUCAACAAGAUUAGGGAAAAGCUCGGUGGAAGGGUACGUUUUCUCGCAUCAGGCGCUUCUCCCUUGUCUCCGGAUGUGAUGGAGUUCUUGAAGAUCUGCUUUGGUGGUCGGGUAGCUGAAGGAUAUGGAAUGACGGAGACUUCUUGUGUCAUAAGUGCUAUGGAUGAUGGUGACAACCUAUCUGGUCAUGUUGGCUCUCCUAAUCCAGCCUGUGAAAUUAAACUUGUGGAUGUUCCAGAGAUGAACUACACCUCUGAGGAUCAGCCUUAUCCUCGUGGUGAAAUCUGUGUCAGGGGUCCUAUUAUUUUCCGAGGCUAUCAUAAAGAUGAAGUGCAGACGAGAGAAGUAGUUGAUGAAGAUGGAUGGCUUCAUACUGGAGACAUAGGAUUGUGGUUGCCUGGAGGCCGUCUCAAGAUCAUUGACAGGAAAAAGAACAUCUUCAAAUUAGCACAGGGAGAGUACAUUGCUCCCGAGAAAAUUGAGAAUGUUUAUGCGAAGUGCAAGUUCAUCGGACAAUGUUUUAUUUAUGGUGACAGCCUGAACUCUUCUUUGGUAGCAAUUGUCUCUGUGGACCCAGAUGCAUUGAAAGCAUGGGCUGCUUCUGAAGGAAUAGAGUAUGCAGAUUUAGGACAACUGUGCAACGAUCCAAGAGCACGAUCCGCUGUUCUUGCUGACAUGGAUGCCAUUGGUAGAGAAGCACAGCUAAGAGGCUUCGAGUUUGCGAAAGCAGUGACAUUGGUGCCGGAACCACUUACAGUCGAGAAUGGGCUUCUUACGCCAACCUUCAAGAUAAAGAGGCCUCAGGCCAAGGAGUAUUUUGCACAGUCCAUAAGUAACAUGUACGCGGAACUUUCUUCGUCGGAUCCCUCUCAAAAGAUGUUAUGAUGCAGAGCAUGAAUCAAAAUUGACGAUUCUACAAGGAAUGACAGGACAACAGCGGAACUUCUUUAAGAACCCAAUCUGGCAUUCUACUUCGGUUGUGUCCUUGUUCUUCUCCAAAUAAGCUUGUAUCAUAAUUGGAGGAAAAUUCUGUGAUCAAUCAAGGUCAACAAUUCUUUAUCCUAAUAGCAUGUGAUUUUUUCUUUUUGUCACGCCAACCAUAAUCUU